CAUUUAUCACUAAUAGGAAAAAAAUAACAUUUAAAGAUCUUCAUAAUUUAGCAUCUAAGGAGGAAGGUUCCACAGAUAUAGAAUCAUUACUUGGAGUUUUUAAAAAUUGCGAUGGUGCGGAUGUGGACAUAAAAUGCAAUAAUAGUGGAGUCAUUCAAUCAAUAUUCUUCCAAGAUGCAGAAAUGAAAAGAUAUUUUUCAUUGUAUCCAGAGCUAAUUUUGAUGGAUGCAACCUGCAAAUUAACAAAUUUACGCAUGCCAUUAUAUAUUAGGCUGGCUGUAGGACCGAAUGGAGAAAGUGAAAUAGUAACAAUUUUUGUAACUGCAUCCGAGGAUUCAGUAACACUAAGUGAAGUGCUUGAAACAUUCAAAUCAAGAAAUGAGAAAUGGACUAAAAUUGUCACUAUUUUCACAGAUAAAGAUAUGACAGAAAGAGACUCUAUAAGAACAACUUUUCCAAAUGCAGUUUUAUUACUAUGCCUAUUUCAUGUUCUACAAGCAAUGAGUCGAGAAGUUACUGUUUUGAAAAUGGGAAUUUCAGAAAGCCAGCAAAUACAUGCAUUAAAAUCUCUUCAAAAAAUGGCUUAUGCCUCAUCUGAGAUAGACUUUGAAAAACAGAGAUAUGAUUUUGUUGCCAAAAUGCCACAGAGUGUUGUUCUUUAUUUUGAAAAUAACUGGAACUUGCAUAACUGAAUGGGUGUAUUGUUUGCAACAGCAGAAUUUAACUUUUGGACAACAAACUACAAAUAGAUUAGAGUCUGUGAACAGAAGAAUUAAAGCUUUCCUAAAUUCACUUAACCCUCUUCCUCUUUUUUUCAAAGACCUUAUUACUGUAAUUGAUUGCAUGCGAAAAUAAAGAGAUCAUACAUUUAUCACUGCUUGCGAGCGCAUCUCUGUGCAUGCUGUUUUACAAAAUGAUGUUCUAAAAGAAUUUUCUCAAAUAUUAACACCUUAUGCACAAACGUUUGUAGCAAGUCAAUUCGAAAAGCAAUAGGUUUAAACCCUGUUGAAGAAAAUGAACAUCCAACCUUAGAAAUAUUAGGUCAUAAGGUGUUGAUAAGCAAGCAAAAGUGUCAAUGUAUAUUUUAUAAAUCAAUGGCAUUACCGUGUAAACAUAUGUUUGUUGCAAGGCGAGUGAAACAUUUGCCACUAUUUUCAUAUGAUGGCAUUGGUGUGAGAUGGCUUAAAAUUAACUUCACAUCAAGUUGUUAACACAUUAUGAAUCCAUGAUAAUUCAUCUGCCAUGACUUAACAUAAAGUCAUAUCAAGACAAAUAUUAAAAUUUUCAAUAUAUCAUAACAUAUACACAUAAUAAUUAUAGCAAGUUGACCAACUUCUGAUGAAAACAAGAUGUUGUUUCCAAACCCUAAAUUAAUACAUUUGAAAAUCACAAAUAAAAAUCAAGUUGCCAAAAAUUAUUAAUAUAUAAUUUUAUGGGAAGUAAAAUGAUAGCUGUUUGAUAUUGAGUUUUUGUCGAUUUAAGUUAAUAUAUAGCAGCCCUUAAAAUUCAUUACCAUGCAAUGCCUUUCAAUAAAAUAGAACCAAACUAGACAAGGAACCAUAUGUGCCAAACAUAAAAUUGGAUACCAAUGUUUUGUGAGAAAGAUGAAAACAUUCUAGCAACAUAAAAUGGAACUGGCUGAAGGAAGAGACUAAAAGUGUAACAAAAAAUUGCAACAAUUUUAUAUAUUUUAAAUAUUGAAAACUGUAGUGUAUUUGUAGUAUAAGUAUUGUAUUAGUAGUAAACAAAUUAUGUAAAAAUAUCAUAUUAACAAUGAGUAGUAAAAUAAUUUAAAAGUAUCAUAUUAACAAUGAAAAGACUUUACAAGUAAAUAAAACUACAACUAUAACCAAUUCCAAAAAGUAUUAAUACAAAACUAACAUUAAUUUAUAAUAUUAUGGAUUUAAGCAGUCAUUGAAGCUCAAAAAAACAAUAGCAGCAAACAAUUACAAAACCAUUAUAAUUUUGAAAAUUUAAAACAAAAAAAGAACAUUAAAAUGGUUUCAGGGAGUAAAACCGUGAACAAUAAAAAACAAGUAAAUUUUGUUUUUUUGGUCCCUUAUUUACUGAUAAAAUACAUAAAUUUUAUUGAAACACAAAAAUCAAUUUAUGAAAAAACACAACACAACUGAUUAACUCUUCUCCAUAAAAUGCUAUGACAUAGCCUAACAUAGCCUAACAUAUUAACAUAGCCUAUGUUAAGUCUUAAGUUUUAAUUCAAUGUAUUUUUUACACUAUUUUUACAUUAUAAUUUUUAAUGGUUGCUUUUAAACAAAUUAGUACAAUCAGUCAAGUAUAACAAGUAAAAUUUGAAAAACAAAGUAUAACAAGUAAAG